CAACUAAAGAACAACUACAAGCUAUGCAGGAGUCUAUUGAACUUGCCUGCACUGGGGCAAACAACCUUUUAUGGGAUGAAGUUAACUUAAUUUUUAAAACGGCCAUGAGCAAUAAUAUUUCCUCUAAGCAACAAAGGAUACCUACAUCACCGGCCAGGGCAUUCCCCCAAUAUGAUAACAAUAUCAAAUCAGCAAAAGUAGCAAUAAAAAAGAUUCGUAACAAUAGAAUACCCUACAAGCUCCCAUAA